CUCCUUGAACUCUUUGAGCCAGUCCAUGUGCCUUCGCUAUUUGAGCAUUAUAGCGUCCGCUAUGGCAUUUCCGCCGUACAGCACUGGCCCAUUUACACCCUGGAAUUCAUCCCUGCCAGGUCAAAAAGAUAUAUUCCCGGACGUUGAGGAUACCUUGCCACAUGGGGCCGUCGAGGCCUAGUACGACAUCGUGUCUGUCAAUUCUGGCCUUGAGCUCGUCUAGUCCAGACCGGAUUCUUUCAUUUUUAGCGUCGAGCUGGGCUAGUACAGACUUCCGACUCUCGCUUUUAGCCUCGAGCUUGUCUAGUCUGGCGCAUAUUCAUUUUUUCUCAGAACUGGGCUCGUCCACCCGGGAAUUUAUCAAUUUGGACAUGUCCAGGAUACUUCCGCCUCCGGUAUUCGUUAUAACUCGGCGUUCUUCGACCAGGCAUUUGCAGGCCAAUCACAAUGCACAGGUGUGUGCACAGCAUGUCAGAUCCCUACACCAGUUGGCGUGAGAACAGGAUUUGGCAGUCUUGUAAGAAGCUGGCAGAGCUUUCUGACUGCAGAUUUGGUUCUUGGCUGCAAAAUGAGCUCAUUGACGGACAGCAAAGCGAGAGAAGACCCUUACUCGCUUCUUCGGCUUCCUCGUACUUCUCCUGCGUAACCGAUUUUCUGAU